AUGUCUGGGGCUGAGGAAGCAAUUCUAGGAGGAGGUGACAGUCAUCCCUCUUCUGCUGGUGGCAGCUCUGUAGUAUGCUUUGGACAGUACCAGUACACAGCAGAGGAGUACCAGGCCAUCCAGAGAGCUCUGAGGCAGAGGCUGGGCCCGGAAUACAUAAGUAGCCGCAUGGCUGGGGGAGGCCAGAAGGUGUGUUACAUCGAAGGUCACAGGGUAAUUAAUCUGGCCAAUGAGAUGUUUGGUUACAAUGGCUGGGCACACUCUAUCACACAGCAGAAUGUGGAUUUUGUUGACUUUAACAACGGGAAGUUCUACGUGGGAGUCUGUGCGUUUGUGCGAGUCCAGUUGAAGGAUGGUUCAUAUCAUGAAGAUGUGGGUUAUGGUGUUAGUGAGGGCCUCAAGUCAAAAGCCUUAUCUUUGGAGAAGGCAAGGAAGGAGGCAGUGACGGAUGGGCUGAAGCGAGCACUGAGAAGCUUUGGGAAUGCACUUGGAAACUGUAUUCUGGACAAAGACUAUCUGAGGUCACUAAAUAAACUUCCACGCCAGUUGCCUCUUGAAGUGGAUUUAACCAAAGCAAAGAGACAAGAUUUUGAACCAUUUGUGGAACAAGCGAGAUACAGCAGCUGCAGACAGAACAUGGCUCUGGGACCCACAAAACCACAGGAGGCAACCUCUCCUUGCAGACCGAGCCACUCAGAUGAUCCCCACAUUGUGAUGCAGGGGGAUAAGGACAGCAGAUCCAGAAGCCUGGAGUCCUCCGCUGCAGAGAGCAAUGCCACUUUCCAGCGGAAGCUCCGGCAGAAACAGCUGCAGCAGCAGUUCCGGGAGCAAAUGGAGAAACAGCAGCGAGCUCAGCUCUCUGCUCCGUCCACUGAAAAGAAGAAUCCGGUAGAGCCACCGGUGCCUCCUUUGAACCACAGCACUCCCAAACCUGAGGGAGCAGAACUACUCACCGAGAAAGACUUCCCUGCAGACAGUUUUGAAAUAUGGGAUAUGACUCCAGAUGUAUUGGACAGUGCUGUCAAGCCCUUGUCUAGACCAGAAUCACACCAGACUGCCGCCACACCAGUCCUGAAGAACCAGAUGGUGACUCGGAGCCGGAGUCCACAAAGCCUUUGCCACCAGAAUCCACAAAUAAAAUUGCACAUCCAAACUUCCAGUGUUAACCAGCACAUAAUAGGAAACUGUGAUUCCUCCAGGAAGAACCAGGAGUUGAAGAAAAGGAAAUUGGAUCCAUCUUAG